AUGGCCUUGCUUGUUGACUUGCUGGAUCACGCGCCAUCUGGGAGUGGACGAGCCAUUGUUGGCUUGGUCGCCCUUGUUUUCGUUUUGAACAUAUUGUUCUGGAGCACCAAGUACUGCACUGUGUCUGGUUCGCCAGUCGCUGGUCGAAAGUGGUGGUUUGAACCCCUGAUUCUUACAAGAUAUCGUUUUCUUCUCAACGGCUGGUCGGUCACCCAGGCAGGAUGGGAUCAGUAUGGCGAUCGCAUCUUCACGAUUGCCCGUCCUGAUUCCAACGUCACGGUGCUCCCACCGCGGUACCUGGAUGAGCUUCAGAAUCUGCCGGAUACCAAGCUCAAUGGUAUUGAAGCGCUCGCUGCGGACAUGGGUGACGAGUACAGCGGAAUCUCAAUCCUCACGGGCACUCAUUUGACCUUCAAUGUUGUUCGCAACAAGUUGACCCCCAAAAUGCCCGCUAUUAUCACUCCGCUUAUGGAGGAGCUGGAGGAUGCCUUGAAGAUAGAGCUACCGGACUCCAAAGAGUGGGUGGCCGUUGAUCUCGGCAAUGUCUUCACCCGUUUCGUGUCAAGAUUGACGACACGUGUGUGGGUGGGUAAAGAGCUCAGCCGCAACGACGGCUGGCACACCGACAAUAUCCGGACGGUUGAGAAUAUCUUCAUGACGGCGAUAGUGCUCAGGUUUGUGCCGCCAGCUUUGCACCCAAUCGUGGGGGCGCUUCUGCCCACGCGCGGACGCAUUCGCGAAGGCAUCAAAAAGGUGCAGUCAUACCUUGUGCCGCUCAUCGAGGAGAGGCGGCGUCGUCAGGCGGAACUUGGGACGGUGCCUGAGGAGGAGGAGGAUGUUCUCCAGUGGCUGAUGGACGGCGCAAGCGAGGAGGAGUCAUCUGCCGAGAACCUGACCGAGCGUUACGUGUACUCGGUGAUUGGGUCCCUGUACACGGUUUCGGGUGCCCUGACUGACUGCCUGCUCGACCUGGCCGAGCAUCCCGAGCAUGUCGAGCCGUUACGCCAAGAGCUCAGGCAGGUGAUGGCAGAGAGCGGCGGGAAGUGGGAAAGGGGCACAGCAGCCAAACUGGUAAAGAUGGACAGCUUCAUGAAGGAGUCACUGCGGACGAACGCGCCGAGUCCCUUCAGCCAGAAACGGAUCGUCAAGGAGGAGCUUACGCUGUCGGACGGGUUGAAGCUGCCGGCUGGGGCGUACGUGUGCAUGAUCGAUCAAUCGGCGAUCGGGAGGGGGCCGGACAAGUUCGAUGGGUUCCGGUACGCAGGGAUGCGCCAGGACCCCGGGUUCAUGACCAAGUACCAGUACACUUCGACGGACCGCGACCAUUUGACAUUUGGGCACGGCAGACUGGCCUGUCCCGGACGGUUCGUGGCGUCCCUGGAGAUGAAAAUGGUGCUUGCGGCUAUGCUGGAACGGUACGAAGUAAGCUUUCAUCCGAGUGGAAAGGGGGGUGUCAGACCUCAAAAGAUACAGCUGCUGGAGCUUGCGUUCCAUAAUCCGGCCAGUCGUGUCUACCUGCGGCAGAGACAUCAAACAAAAGAGUAG